CAAAGAAAAAAUUGUUUAUUUAUUUUUUUUCAAAUGUAUUAAAACAAAAAGAACACAACAAUCAUAUUUCAUAAUAAACGUAAAAUCGUUUUGGAGUUAUCUAUCUAACUAUACGUGCACACAUACGCACAUAUGGCUAUACGUGAACGUAGGUGAAUGAUAUCUUGAAAGAAAAAUAAGGCAAAAACUCUUCGCAAACGCUUACGUUUACGUGCAAACAUCACAAAAAAAUGUCGAUUGUCUGCACUUUAGAGCCGAAAGUGAACUUAUUUAAAGGUCCUGUCGCCGCGAAAAAUUUGUUAAUAUUGAAAAACAAUACAUUGACAUCGCCACUAGAAUCAUUGGUAGCGACAACAGCAACACACAUUGUAAAUUCCGCAACAAUAUCAACAACCGGAACACCUGUUAUUAAAAUUAACGGUGAAUCUAUAAAAAAUUCCCACAACGAGUUGGCGGAUAAAUCAUAUCAACCGAGCACAUUAUUAAAUAAUCAGGAUUACAAACCGGUUAUUGGUACAACGGAAUUUGUGCAACGUCAAACGUCCUCUAAAAAUAUAUCACCAUCGUCACCUGUAACGGUUACGGCAAGUGCUGAUAUCCUGCAAAUACAGCAGAAUCGUUUAAAAGCAGCGGUCGCAGCCGCAAACGUUGUCUCAACUAAUUCUGCUAUGCCUGAAGUUUUGCAGGCUGUCAAUACUUUGAAUAACAGUAAAUAUCAUCCACAUUAUCAUCAUCAUCAUCACCAUCAUAAUCAGCAUCAACACUCUCAUCAAAAUCCGGGAAAUAUUCUAACGCCGGCAACAGCAGCCACUAUGGCUAUAAAUAAUGUACGCAUGAGUUCUAUAUCACCUACAUUAUCCAUGAAUGGUAAUUCAAACGAGGCCUCUAACGUGCACAGCCUCUCUAUGUACAGUAAUAGUCCGGUAAGUCCGCAAUCUAGCGACUCUGGUCAUAGCCUAAAUGAUGGCAUGUCUCAUGGCAAAUAUAUGUCGUAUAAUGGAAAUGACAAAAAUUCGCAGAACGCCCAAAAUAAGGAGUUGUUUACGCAGAGGAAACAGCGAGAAUUCACUCCGGACUGUAAAAAGGACGAUAGUUAUUGGGAUCGUCGCCGCCGUAACAACGAAGCGGCUAAACGUAGUCGUGAGAAGCGUCGUUACAAUGACAUGGUUUUGGAGCAACGUGUUGUAGAAUUAACUAAAGAGAAUCAUGUUCUCAAAGCUCAAUUGGAUGCAAUUAAAGACAAAUUUAAUAUAUCAGGUGAAAAUUUAGUGAGUGUGGAGCAAAUUUUGGCGUCCCUCCCCACCAGUGAACAAGUGCUGAGCAUCACAAAGCGUUCCAAAUUAUCGCCAUCAGCGGCAGUGAGCAGCUUUAAUAACGCUACGCCUAGCAAUCAUCAUGGUCAUGGUAUACUAUAUGGUUCCUCUUCGCCCACAACAGCUCUUUUACAGCAAAAGUCUACAAAUGAUAGUGCAGAAAAGGUGAACACACCUGCGAUUAUCAAGGCAAAUGUUCAAAGUGCUUUGCAUAUACAUCAGCCAACAGCCUUAGCUCAAACCGUCCAAUCAAUUCAACAACCCCUAUAUCCCGCGGCGGCUAAUGCAACGCCGGUCUUUACACCCAACCCCCCAGUUAAAGAGAAUGUACAGCCUGUCGCUGCAUCCCAGCACCACGUAGUGGCCGCUGCCAGUACAACCGUUUCCUCUCAGGCGUCCACACCCGCAAACCUGCAAAACCUUCAUGUCUUGCAAGCGUUAAAUCGAAAUGUUCGCUGCGAUUUGGAUAAUUUGCGCAAGGUAGUGGCUGUGGUAGAUGCCAUCACAACGAGUAACGCGGCAGCAGUAGCCAAUGGCGAUUUGUCAUCAGUAGGAAAUCUGUACAAUAGCCAACAAUCCGCUGCUGCUUUAUAUGCAGCGCCACAGCAGUUAAGUACUUUAUAUAAUCAGUUUGGCAAAGACGAGGUUGCGUACCUGCCGCCAACAGUUGAAACAACGGCAGCCGUAGUAAGUUCUAGUGCUGGCGAAGGAGUGUCAUCGACGUCCGCACGUGCUAAUGUCAAUGUGUUGAAUUUGUCACGUCGCGCAAGCACACCAACAACUUAUGAGAAUAUGCUCUCAUCUACCACACCAUCGUCUAGACUCUCCUCUUCAAUGUCCUCAGCAUCAUCAACUGGUGCCGCGUCAGGCGAUGACGAACACGAGGCUGAUCACGAAAUGGUCGAGACAACGCAUGAACUGAACAUGGCCACGACUACAACCAGUCCUCAUAACAGCAAUGAUUCGAACAAUUGCUUACCCCUGAAAUUAAGGCAUAAAUCACAUUUGGGCGAUAAGGAUGCCGCAGCGACAGCUUUGUUAGCCUUGCAGCACAUUAAGCAAGAGCCGAUUAGCAAUCGUGCUUCACCGCCUGGUUGGACAGACGGAUCAGGUGAUAACUCCAGCGAUGAACGUGAUUCUGGCAUAUCUCUAUCCAGCCCCGAAUGGGCAGCACAAUUUCAACGUAAAGUCUUGGUAGGAGGUAAAGAGUCUUGCACCGCCUCGGCAGUUAUAACGGUAACACCCUCCGAACGUGAACACAUACUUAAAUCGCAAUUAGCGCGUCUGGAAUCAGAAGUAGCGACAAUUAAGAACAUGAUGAUCUAUUCCGCCGAUCAGAAUGUGGUUACAAGUGCCGAUCUGAAGAUCUGAACCUAAUAAGAGUAUUUAGAUUACUAUUAGUUUUGUUUGUUUGCUUAGCCCUUUUUUUUUUAAGGAGAGAGAGGAUAGACAUUAAAACAAGUUAUGCAAAGGUAUGAGUUUUUGAAAUAGUAGUAGACUGCAGAGAGAAAAAGAGAGAGAGAGAGAGAGAGAGAGAUAGACAGAGAGCGCGAGUAAUAUAGUGUAAUUAUGCUUUAUCUCUCAAAAGUGUUUGUUAAUUCUGUUGAAAUGUUUUUUUUUUUUUUUUUGUUUUUAGUUAGAUAUAAUUUUCAUUUCCGUUUCUUAAAUUUUGGCAUAACUGUUUUGGGCCUGUUGGGAUCUUCAGAUGCCUAAAAAUCACUCACAGAUCUCAAUAGAUUUUUACAGCAAAUUUUUAAAUCACUUAUGAGCGGUAUUACUAAUCGUUUUUCAUAUAUAUGCGUAUAUCUGCGCAUAUAUAUAUUAUAUAUAUGCAUACAUAUACAC